UGCUAUUCAACUAAUUGUAUUUAUAUUACUGUUGAAAUUUAAUAAUAAAUUCCCAUUUUGUAGGGUUUCAUCAAACUACUCCAAAUUUUUUCUUCUGCUUCUUGAACAUUCAUCUCCAAUGUCGAAUCCUGAUCAUUUAUCUCCAUAUGAGCUGCUUUUUCGCGCUCUUUUAUUGAUUCCAAUUUCUCACUAUUUGAUCGGAAUCGUAAUUUUAAUUGCUGUAUUUUUGUAUAAUUUUUUGGAAUGGCAUGUGAUUCGUGAUAUUUUAACUGGAUUUAGAGGGCAAUUAGUCACUUUGACUUAUAAUUCAGAUUCGAAAAUCUAUGAAGGAGUUGUUUCUAAGUGUCGGAUUUUACAUGGAAGAUAUUUAACUACUCCUUGGCUAGCUAGUCCUCAUAUUCAAACUACUUUCCUCAAUUUUUUCGGAAAUCCUCCUACCUUUAGCUAUAGGAGACAAAUAUUUAUUGCAUCUGAUGGUGGAACCAUAGCUCUUGACUGGCUUAUGAGUUCUGAUGUGAUGGGACAUGACCAGCAUGCAGUUUACAUCGAUAAUGUUAUUCCAAAAGAUGAUAAGACCCCUAUCGUGAUUGUGGUUCCAGGUCUGACCAGUGAUUCUAAUUCUCCGUACCUAAAGCAUCUUGCGUACAACACUGCAAAAUAUGGAUGGAAUGUUGUUGUGGGAAAUCACAGAGGUCUUGGUGGUGUCUCUGUCACUUCUGAUUGCUUCUACAAUGCUGGAUGGACCGAGGAUGUUCGUGUGAUUAUACAUCGUAUCCACAAUGAACAUCCAAAUGCUCCACUUUUUGUCGUCGGAACAAGCAUUGGAGCCAAUAUCUUGGUCAAAUUCCUUGGAGAAGAUGGGGAAGAUAUUCCAAUUGCUGGCGCCGUUGCUAUAUGUUCUCCGUGGGAUCUUCUGAUUGGAGAUCGGUUCAUUGGUCGUAGACUUGUCCAGAAAUUUUAUGAUAGAGCUCUUACCAUUGGCCUGCAAGGUUAUGCACAAUUACAUCAACCUCGCUAUUCUCGACUUGCUAAUUGGGAAGGAAUAAAGAAGUGCCGGAGCAUCCGAGACUUUGAUAAUCAUGCCACCCGCAUUGUGGGAAAGUAUGAGACUGUCGACACGUAUUACCGGCAGUGUAGCAGUACGAAUUAUGUGGGUAAAGUAGCCGUUCCACUACUCUGCAUUAGUGCUUUGGACGAUCCUUUGUGUACUAAGGAAGCCAUUCCGUGGGAUGAAUGCAGACUAAAUGAAAAUAUCGUUCUCGCAACCACACAGCAUGGUGGACAUCUUGCCUUCUUUGAAGGGUUAACUGCUUCCAGCCUCUGGUGGGUUAGAGCCACCACCGAGUUCCUGGCCGUUCUACACACAAGUCCAUAUAUGCAUAAACAAAAGAAGAUUCCAAGCCUGGUUCCUCCACCAGAGCCUUCUAUAGACCAGGGUCCAUACGUAAAUGUUGCACAGGACGGCAUGCUAGCUGCUGUUGGCAAUGAGAGACCAGGAACUGAUGAGUUUCAAGAUCCCUCCGAGUUGAAUAAACAAACUAGUGAUAUGAUUAUGGAGAAACAGGAUCAAGAACUGAGGGAAUCAAGGCCUAAUGAUGUUCCUUCCGAUUGUCCAACCCAGGAACCGAUGUCCAGCACUUGUGCCGCUACAUGUCAUAGUGCGACUUCUCUUAUUAAGCGGCGCUUGGAUCAGAUUUCUCGACAUUCUAGGAAAUCAAUAUGGUUGCUCGCUUAUGUGGCCAUUGUUUCAAGCUGGCCUUUGGUUGGCUCCGCAUUCUACUUCUUUUUCAGAACGAAGAUUAAGAAGAGCCUAUUACCUGCCAGCCUACAGAAAAAAUAGUGACUCAAACUUAUAAUCAUACAAGUAUUUUAUUCAUGUAUUAGUAGCCGAUUUGCUUCUGUAUAUCUUUAGUUCAAAAAUAUUCAUUAUAUUUGAUUAUUUCUGAAUAAAUGAUUUGGGUAAUAUACUUGCUGCAAUAGAUUUUUCUGUACCCUGGACAUUGACAGUCUUCAUUAUAUAUUAUCAAAAGGAACUUUUCAAAAUAAAAUUAUUAUUUCAUGUUUAAUAAA